AGUAAACCUUGCACUGCCUACUUGCAUAAUAGACUGUGGUAGUCAUAGCAAAACCUCCACACUUGCAUCACAGGCGGUGUCACCUCUCCUGUCCCAACAUGAUUGGAAACUUGGAUAGGAUUCUUUUAUUGUGAUGUGAGGAAGCGAUGGUCAAGGGAACACUUGGGGAAAGAGGAGUACAGGAUACAGAGCAGGAUCUUCUCAGUUCUACAACACAGGUCUGUUGUUACCUGCAGCUCCGAGUUCAUGUGUUUAGUUUUCAGUUAUAUUCUGUGCUUUAUUAUGCUUUUAUAUUCAGCUGUGCAAUAACACCAUAUUAAUGUUUUUCUUCUGCUGUGUGAGCAAUCACUCCGUACAUGAAAUCCUGUGGUUUUAUGCAGUUGAGAUUUGAUUUAAGCAUAAACUUUCCUCUUUAUCUUUACUACCCUACACUGCUUUUUGUUUAUGUCUCUCACUGGAUUUUCCUUCUAUUUCACGUUCGCUUGUGCCUCCUUUCUCUCUCCCUAAAUUCUUUCAUGCUGGACCUCUAUCACAAGGCUCCCCUCCUCACUAUUUCCUGUGCACUCCUAUCGCUCACUUCUUUCUCUGUGUGUCUGCCCCCACUUACUUUUUUUUUUUUCUUUGUAGAAGCACCCAUUCUAGUUUCUCAUUUCCUUUAACUCUUUUCUUUGCACGCACUUAUUCUUUCUUUAUAUACAAUCCCAUCCUGCUUUCUUUCUAUAAUCCAUGCUCACGUUUCACUCUUCACGGACCCAUCUCUUAUCUCUUCUCUUUAUGUACCAAACCUCUUCUUUGUGCCUUACACCCUCAAUAAAUCAUCUCUUUAUUUUCACACUAUCAAGAUCACUAAAGGUGAGAUUUCAAGGUGAAUUCAAAGUGAAUUUCAAAUUUAAAGUCAAACUGGCAAAAAUUCUCUAUGUCAGCUAUGCUUUCCAUUGAGCUAAUCUGGCCUUAAAUUUAAAAUUCACUAUAAAUACGCCUUUUUUUCACUUAGUAAAUAUCCCGGUUUUAUGCUCAUUUCUCUAGGUCCCCUUCCUCUCACUUGUUUCACUCUCUCUUCUUCCAGCUCAGUGUUUUGUUUGUUUCUUUCUAUCUCUGCUUUUUCUGUACUUCCAUUCCUCCCAACAUCGCUGUCAGUCUAUUCCUUUCAUUCUUUUUUUUUCCAGGUGGCUCCAUAUUUCACUCAUCUCUGUGCAGCUUGUCUUUGGAUUCCUGUUUCUGUUCGCCCUCUCAUUGCAUUGUCAUGCGCCUCCUCCCAUUACACUCAUUCCAAUGUGAUUGUGUACCCUUUAUCAUUUCUUUCUCCUAGAGCUACUUUUACUCUGUUCUGUUAUUCUUUUCUUUGUACAGCUUAACCUCUCAUUUUUUUCCCCUUCCUCUCACUCACUCCACCCUCCAUGACUAUACCACACUCUGACCAUCCACCACCACCACUUCCUCUCACCUCUUCCACCCUCCAACACUAAAUCCCACUCUGCCCAUCCACCACCACCACUUCCUCUCACCCCUUCCACCCUCCACCACUAAAUCCCACUCUGCCAAUCCACCACCACCACUUCCUCUCACUCAUUCCACCCUCCACCACUAAAUCACACUCUGUCCAUCCACCACCACCACUUCCUCUCACUCAGUCCACUCUCCACCACUAAAUCCCACUCUGCACAUCCACCACCACCACUGCCUCUCACACAUUCCACCCUCCACCACUAAAUCACACUCUGCCAAUCCACCACCACCACUUCCUCUCCCUCAUUCCACCUUCCACCACUAAAUCCUGCGCUGUCCAUCCACCACUUCCUCUCACUCAUUCCCACCUCCACCACUAAAUCCCACUCUGUCCAUCCACCACCACCACUGCCUCUCACCCAUUCCACUCUCCACCGCUAAAUCCCACUUUGCACAUCCACCACCACUUCCUCUUACUCACUCCACCUUCCAACACUAAAUCCCACUCUGCCCAUCCACCACCACCACCACUUCAUCUUACCCAUUCCACCCUCCACCACUAAAUCCCACUCUGCCCAUCCACCACCAACACUGCCUCUCACUCAUUCCACCCUCCACCACUAAAUCCCACUCUGCACAUCCACCACCACCGCCUCUCACUCAUUCCACCCUCCACCACUAAAUCCCACUCUGCCCAUCCACCACCACCACUUCCUCUCACUCAUUCCCCCCUCCACCACUAAAUCACACUCUCACAUCCACUACCACCACUUCCUCUCACUCAUUCCCCCCUCCACCACUAAAUCCCACUCUGCCCAUCCACCACCACCACUUCCUCUCACUCAUUCCCCCCUCCACCACUAAAUCACACUCUGCACAUCCACUACCACCACUUCCUCUCACCCAUUCCACCCUCCACCACUAAAUCCCACUCUGCUCAUAUACCACCACCACUUCCUCUCACCCAUUCCACCCUCCACCACUAAAUCCCACUCUGCUCAUACACCACCACCACUUCCUCUCACCCAUUCCACCCUCCAGCACUAAAUCCCACUCUGUCCAUCCACCACCACCACUUCCUCUCACUCAUUCGCCCCCUCCACCACUAAAUCCCACUCUGUCCAUCCACCAUCACCACUUCCUCUCACUCAUGCCACCCUCCAACAUUAAAUCCCACUCUGCCCAUCCACCACCAAAACUGCCUCUCAUUCAGCCCACUCAGUACUCUGUCCUCUCUAUCCUUUUUAUUAGACCCCUUCCUCUAUUUAAUUUCUACAAUUCCUCCUUUCUGAUUUGACACUUUUUCUCACCACCGGACACCAUUAACCACUCAUUUCUCUGUAGUUUUCUUUCUAACCACUUCUCGAAAAUGAAACCCAACUCUCUAGCUGUCACGUAUGUUUAUCUGCUUUUUCUAACUUCUUUUAUCUCCCUGUAUGUCAUUCGCCAAAGAAAGUAGUCUGAUAUAAACUUCUCCCCAGCCCCAGUGUUUCGUCACCUCCCCUUUGCCUCUCCUCCUCCUCUGUUUUUUCUCCUCCUUUCUCUCACUUGUGUUAAAGUUCCAUUAUCUCAGUAAGAGCAUUACACUUCCAAGUAGGGAGCUGUCCCUCCUCCUCCCUCCCUGACUUUACUCUAUUAAAGGAACUCACCAUCAUGUCUCAUGUUUGUCCUCUCUUACUAUGUGCACUUUUAAUGCGUUAAUAGCUUUCUCCAGUGAAGCAGUAGGACACCGGCCCGGCACACACCAGAAAGGAGGCAAAGGAGCCCUGUUUACCUGACCAGGUGAGACACCUCAGACCAAAGUAAGAGGAAACACAUAACAGAUGGACUGAACAUCUAAAACUUCCCAACUCUGUAGAGUAACAGAGGACUGAUAAAACGUGUGGGUUUUUUUUUUUUUUAUCACCUCCUGGUGAAUGUCCCCUGUGGUACAGCAAUGUAUCACACACGGGAGAAACAAGGUAACAAUGUGAAUUCCGACAGAGACAAAUCACAAACAGCCCCGCAGUGUAGACUGUACAUGUAUGUGAUGUACUUAAUAAACAUGUGAUUUGCUACAGGUGUGGUUGUAUGCACAUCAGUAUAUCCACAUGGACUUAUUUAUUCUCUAUCCCAUCACAUGUUAACAUCCAAAGGGCAGUGUCAUGGCGACUUAUUGGAAAUCACAACUUUGAAAUGGUGCCAUCAGCAGUUUCAUGUGAUUUAUCUGUACACCCAGGAUUGCAUGCUGUCAGUAGCCAGUAUUUACUUGGAUGAGAAUGUUGAUCGUUGCAUUCUGGAGCUCUACAUGUAGUAGUAUAUUAUACCAUAGAAAUGAACAGAACUAGAUUUACUAGAAGUGCAGAGAAAGUAUCUAUCUACAGGAUCAUGUCUAAUAGAGGCACAGCAGGUACCUCUUCUGCCACUUACUAUAUAUAGCUUCAACAUCUCUGCACCCAUUGAUAGCCAUUUGCAGCAACACUUAAUGCAGCCCUGUCACCUGUCUCACAGUCUGUUGGAGAAUAUUUCAGAUCUUUUGGCUUAUAUUUUGCAAUUCAGUUUUUAAUUCAUGGGCUCCAUAUGUUGAUGACUACAACUCCCAUGAUGCUGUGCCAUCAUUAUGUCGGUAGAGGCAUUAUGGGAGAUGGAGUCCACAACUACUCGAAUGUUGCCUAUCUCUGGUUUAGUAAAUUUGAAAUGCUAUAGGAGAGAACAAAUGAUGUGAUUAAUAAUUUUGCAGCAGUUAUCUGUUGGAGCUCUAAGGUUAAAGCUGCAGAGCAAUAGCCUUUACAAAAUAUUUGAAAUUUAUUUUUAAAAAAUAACUAAAUGUAAGAAACAUAAUUUGUAUAGGUUUUAGCUCUAAUGCCAUUACAGAGGGUAUCUGUGUCAAGUGCAUAUCAAACUGGUACCAUCCAUGAGGGAAGUCAAGGUCCCCUGUGUACAAGGGAUACAGGAAACUUCACAUUAUCAUUUUCACCUUCUUGGACAUUAGUGAGUUUUAGCUGAUACUGCGUCAGCAACAAAGACUGUCAAUGUUUGGCUCAGUGGAAAGGGUAGCAAGUACAAUUAAGUGGCCCAUUCAGCAAAAGCAACCCUCCUUAUCAUUUGUUUUAAUUACAAAAAUCUUGAAAAACAGGGAAAUAAAAUACCUCACAAGUGUGCUUAUUUUUUAUUUCUCUGUUCCUCUUUUCUGUCCCAGUGUCCACUUUUGUAGGUGCCCAGUAUUGGGGGCAUUUUGGUGUGUCUGAAUUUAUACCAUAGUUUCACUGUAAUAUCAGUCACACUUAUGUGUCUUUAAAUUACCAUAAAUGUGCAUUGAACUCUGGCUGUGUAAAUUUGAUCUAUUGCUAUUCUUCUAAAUUAUAUUUUACUUACCCAAAUUGUUAUUAGCAAGUCACCUAAAAUUCCCUGUCCAUGACCACAUUCCCACUCACACCCCUAAAAUUACAGUGUCACUUAAAAGGCACACUAUAGGCACCAAAACAACUUUAGCUUAAUAUAGUGACCAUGCCCCUGCAGUCUAACUGCCUAUUUGUCUUCAAUUUAGGACUUUAAUCACUUUGUUUAUGCAGCCCAGCCAUGCCUCUCCUUCAUGUGACCAACACAUUAAAGUUAAAUUAACAGAGCAUGGUGAUAAAACGUCUAAAGAAACAGCCAGGGAAGAUAUGGCUAUAAAAACCAAAGUGAUUUAGCUCCUAAAUGGCAGAAAAUUAAGCUGCAAGAAAGUAGUACCAUGAUCUAUACACCAAAACUGUUUUGUUAAAGGACCACUAUAGGCACCCAGACCACUUCAGCUCAAUGAAGUGGUCUGGGUGCGAGGUCCCUCUAGUGUUAACCUUGCAGCUGAAAACAUAGUGGUUUCAGAGAAACUGCUAUGUUUACACUAGGCUUAAUCCAGCCUCCAGUGACAGCCGCUAGAGGCGCUUCCGUGCUUCUCACUGUGAAAAUCACAGUAAGAAAACGCUGGACGUACAUAGGAAAGCAUUGAGAAAUGCUUUCCUAUGGACUGUUUGAAUGCACGCGCGACUCUUGACGGGCAUGCGCAUUCGGCGCUAACAUCAGCAGGAAGAGGAGAUUUCCCAGACGCUGGAGAAAGGUAAGUGUUUUAACCCCUUCAGCCCAGCGAGAGUGGGACCCUGAGGGUGGUGGGACCUAAAGACCCUAUAGUGCCAGGAAAACGAGUUUGUUUUCCUGGCACUAUAGUGGUCCUUUAAGCUUAAGCUAUUUUGAUGCAUAGAGUAUCCUUUUAAGGGAAGAAACACUUAACUGUAUAGCAUGAAGUCAAUUGACUCCAGAUGGUUAGAAAACUGCAAACCUUUUUCUGACACGACAAGUUCAUUUUAAGCUAGAAAGCAACGAUACAUAAUAAAAUCCUACUCCACAAUAAUACUGCAAGUAAGAGCCAAAUGAACAUUUAGAUUUAUGAAAUAAUCCAGGAAUUGUAUAUAUUUAUAUUUUAUAUAUAAUUGUAUAUAUUGACAAAGGACACUGACAUAUAUACACAUUUUACUCACUAAAGCUGAAUUUAUGAAGUUGGGGAAAACCAAUCACAAUCUGCUAUUUUCCAGCUUAGCUAUUUUGGCCUAGUUUGCAGUUUUCUUGUCUAUUCUCCUCAGUUCCCAGGCUGAUAAAUACACCCCAUUAUAUAGGCAGAGUUUGAAUGGAAAAUACAGGUGGGAACACAUUCUGGGUGUGAGUUGGAAUUAUGACAAUAAUGAUUAUGCAAUCGUUUAUAACAUGGCUCACUUUCAUCCUCAGGACCUGUUCAUCAUCCUAUGCGAACCAUUUAUCAUCCCUUUGCCAGGUCUGGAUAAGCAGGAUUAACAAGUCUACACAUCAAUACUGUCUACAACCAGGAGUUGUGUGUUCACAUGUAAUGCAUCUCUAGAAGGAUCACUUUGGUGUUUUGUGAUUUAUCUACUCUGAUCUGGUAAAAUUCUUGCCUAAAAUCUCAAGGAUUUAAAAAAUGAAAACAUGUGGCUGCCUACGCCCUGAGACUGACUCAGAAGACGAAGAGGUGAGUUAUGCAGGAUAACAAUUCAUUUACAUAUAAGAGAAACUAAAAACAAUUGCAUUUGGUUGUACAACUUUGAACAUCAGAGAAUUAGGCAAGGACUAAUUAAAGAAACACUCCAAACACACAUCAGUAUGUGAAGCUAGUAGCAUUCGUCCAGUUUGCCCGAUAGCCAUUUUGGGACUAGGAAGAUAACUGAGAGGAGUUUAGUCCUGGUACUCUAGCUCCAUUGUGCAGACACCUGCCCACAGCUCUUGCCUUUGAAAGACUUCUCAAUAAAGCUCACUGAGAAAACAAGCACAAAUAAUUACAUGCAUUUUUUUUUUCUUCAGGGUUAUAUGUACUUGAUUGUGGGGGGUGGGGUGGGGGGGACCAUUGGACACUCCAUGGCCCAAAUAAAAAAAAUAAAAUUCAUGAGUAGUCUUUGAAAGGCAGGUGCUCUGAGCAAUUACUUAUCUUAUAACGUUGGCUCCACUGAGGUUAACAGCCAGGAAAUAACAGAUCCAGUAGUCUCCUUGAAAGCUAGCCAACGAGUUAGCGUAUAGAUCCUUAUGAGCAUGCAGGUUGAUACAGGGUAUGUUGGCUACUACCAACUCAGUCGUAUAGUAAAUUGUUUACUCAUUGGCAGAUGGUCUGUAGGGGGAAAUAAUGUGAGGAGAAAUAUAAAAUAAAAAUGAAAAUAACUCAGGGGUCUAUGAGAAUGCGCAGUGCAUUCAAUCCGGUGGCAGGGGGUGACAACCAUAACGGUUGUCACGGGCCCAGCGGCCCUGGGGGGCCUGGCCGCCUGGGCCCCACGGCCCGCACGCUGAUGGGGUCCUGCGGGUGGCCCAUGCACUUCAGGGGCUCGGUCAGCGCUGUGGCCGUGGUAUAGCGCGACCGGGCCCCUUUUAAAAAAAAAAAGUAGCCGCAGCAAGUGCUGCUGGAAGGAAGUGGUCACUUCCUCCCAGCUCACUCCACGCGGGAAGAGCGCGCCCGGCAGUGAGGGAGAGCCAUGCCGACUACUCCCAUCAGCCCCAGCCAUCCUCCUGCAAAGAAAAGGUAAGAGACAGGAGGGUGGCUGGAAGAUGAGCGUGUCUGUAUGUAUGUAUGUAUGUCUGUCUGUAUGCAUGCAGGUAUGUAUGUCUAUGUCUGUCUCUAUGUAUGUCUAUGCAUUUAUGUAUGUCUGUAUGUGUAUGAAUGUCUGUAUGUAUGUCUAUGUAUGUCUGUCUGUAUGUAUGUCUAUGUAUGUCUAUACAUGUAUGUCUAUGUAUGUCUGUAUGCAUGCAUGUACGUAUGUAUGUAUGUCUGUAUGUCUGUAUGUCUAUGUAUGUCUGUAUGUAUGUCUAUGUAUCUAUGUCUGUAUGCAUGCAUGUAUGUAUGUCUGUCUGUAUGUCUAUGUAUAUCUGUAUGUAUGUCUGUAUGUCUAUCUAUGUAUGUCUGCAUGUCUGUCUGUAUGUAUGUCUAGGUAUGUCUGCAUGUAUGUCUAUGUCUGUAUGUAUGUCUGUAUGUAUGCAUGCAUGUAUGUAUGCCUGUAUGCAUGUAUGUGUAUGUAUGUAUGUAUGUCUAUGUAUGUAUGUCAGUAUGUAUGUAUAUGUCUGUCAGUAUGUAUGUAUAUAUGUCAAUAUGUCUGUCAGUAUGUAUGUAUAUAUCUGUAUGUCUGUAUGUAUGUCUGCCAGUAUCAAUGUAUGUCUCUAUGUCAUUAUGUAUGUCUGUCUAUAUGUAUGUAUAUAUGUAUGUCAGUAUGAAUGUAUGUCUGCAUAUCAUUAUGAACGUAUGUCUGUGUGUAUGGAUGUCUGUAUAUAUGCAUGUAUGUCAGUCUGAAUGUAUGUAUGUGUGUAUGUCUGUAUGCCAUUAUGAAUGUAAGUGUGUAUGGAUGUCAGUGUCUGUAUGUAUGUGUCUUUAUGUCCUCAUGCAUGUGUGUCAGUAUGUAUGUUAGUAUGUGUCCAGUGGCGUACACAUGACCCAUGGGGCCCCGGUGCGAAAAUUGAUCCGUGGGCCCCCCCCCGGCGCGCGGGCCGGGCCGCAACACAUGGCGGUGGGCACCUGGUCGCAGGGGUUACAGGGCUGUGACCCCUGCGACCGCGGUAUGUACGCCAGUGCAUGCAGAUGCACACACACUUAAAGGACCACUCUAGGCACCCAGACCACUUCAGCUUAAUGAAGUGGUCUGGGUGCCAGGUCCAGCUAGGGUUAACCCAUUUUUUCAUAAACAUAGCAGUUUCAGAGAAACUGCUAUGUUUAUGAAUGGGUUAAGCCUUCCCCUAUUCUCUAGCGCUGUCUCAUUGACAGCCGCUAGAGGCGCUUGCGUGCUUCUCACUGUGAUUUUCACAGUGUCUGUAUGUAUGUAUAUAUGUAUGUCUGUAUGUCAGUAUGAAUGUAUGUCUGCAUAUCAUUAUGAACGUAUGUCUGUGUGUAUGGAUGUCUGUAUCCAUGUAUGUCAGUAUGUCUGUAUAUAUGCAUGUAUGUCAGUCUGAAUGUAUGUGUGUGUGUAUGUCUGUAUGCCAUUAUGAAUGUAAGUGUGUAUGGAUGUCAGUGUCUGUAUGUAUGUGUCUUUAUGUCCUCAUGCAUGUGUGUCUGUAUGUAUGUUAGUAUGUGUCUGUCUGUCACUAUAUAUGCCUGUGUGACUGUAUAUAUGUGUAUGUCUCAGAAUGUGUGUGUCAGUAUGUAUGCCUGUAUGUGUGUCUGUUAAUAUGUAUCUAUGUCCUUUUGUAUCAGUGUUUGUGUCUGUUUGUGUAUUCCUGUGGGCGGUAUUUGGAGGCGGACCCUGUGGGCUGUAUUUGAGGUGGGCCCCAGGGGGCCCAAACCCUGAGCUGAGUUAGGGGCCCCAAAAUUUCUGGUGGAGGCCCUGUCCGGUGGUAAGAGAUAAGGAAGGAGAAAAGCCAAAAUGUAGAAGGUGUGUCGUCUCUGGGGACCUGUUACCCAAGUCCAGUGGUGUGGCAGUAAAUAGGUGAGUAAUUGGACUGUUACUAUAAGUAGUGGGGUCAUCCAGCCCUGCUGCCAAUGAGCAAAGAGAUGGCAAAGUAAGAAAGAAAAAGCAUCAAAGUAACUGGGCGCUAUAUUUGGAGGCGGAGGCCCCCUGUGGGCGGUAUUUGAGAAGUGGGGCCGCAGGGGGCCCAAACCUACUGAGCUGAGUUAGUAAAGGGCCCCAAAAUUUCUGUAGGUGAAAGUAGGCAGGAUCCAGUCUGUCUGAGUGGACUUUAGAAAAACAGAGAAUAUAAAGGAGAAGGAGAAAUGGAGUCCAAAAAUGCUGAAGGCAACAGAAAAUUGCAUUAGGCUUGUGUCGUACUCCUGUGGCCAAAAUAGUUAAAAACCAUUUAGGAAUUUACCCCAAUGUCCAGCUAAGGUUAUAAGAGCUUCCAAAUGGCAGUAAAAAGGGGAUAAAGAUUUUUAGUGAGUAAUUAGGAUUAAAACUCAGGUUGACUAUAAGUACAGAAGAAAGGGACCUCAUUGAGUAGGAUAAAGAGCAUUUAUUCCCAGGUUCCCUGUCAAAGAAAGACCAAUGGCCUGAUGGAGCUAUAAAAAAUGGUGAGAAAACCAUUGGUUGGAGAGUGAAGAUUGGAAGAAGAAUAAGCAUCUUAAGUAAACUUCUGGAAACAGCAUUUUCUACUUAAUCAUGAAUCCAAAAUUAUAAUCAGGUGGUGCAGUACUUACCACAGGCUUUUGAAGGUUGGCAUAAUAAAAAUUUUGUUUACAUGGGUAAGGCCGAGUAAAAGGAAAGAUGGAAAAUAAUUGAAGCUUGGACUUGCAGUGGGGUACUCAGGGAUCUGAGACUCUAUUCUUUGCCCAUACAGGAGGGAAACAAAUGAUUCUAGAAAAAUGGUCUGGCAACGACAUAGGAUAAGUGCAAGAUAACAUCUUGAAAAAAAGGGCAGAGUGAUUUGAUAAGCAACCAAAAUAAAAAGAAGGGGUUUAUUUCUGAGUAAAGGAGGGCAAGUAAUAGAGAGAUGCUAGGAAUGCUUGAUUGUAUAGGGAGAAUUCAGUGCUCAGCCAUUUACAGAACACUGGUGAGACCUCACUUGGAGUAUUGUACACAGUACUGAGACCGUAUCUUCAGAAGGAUAUUGAUACCUUAGAGAGGGUUCAGAGAAGGGCUACUAAACUGGUUCAUGGAUUGCGGGAUAAAACUUACCAGGAAAGGUUAAAGGAUCUUAACAUGUAUAGCUUGGAGGAAAGACGAGACAGGGGGGAUAUGAUAGAACAUUUAAAUAUAUAAAGGGAAUCAACACAGUAAAGGAGGAGACUAUAUUUAAAAAGAAGAAAAACUACCACAACAAGAGGACAUAGUCUUAAAUUAGAGGGACAAAGGUUUAAAAAUAAUAUCAGGAAGUAUUACUUUACUGAGAGGGUAGUGGAUGCAUGAAUAGCCUUCCAGCUGAAGUGGUAGAGGUUAACACAGUAAAGGAGUUUAAGCAUGAGUGGGAUAGGCUAUCCUAACUAUAAGAUAAGAUUAGGGACUAAUGAAAGUAUUUAGAAAAUUGGGCAGACUAGAUGGGCCGAAUGGUUCUUAUCUGCCGUCACAUUCUAUGUUUCUAUGUUUCUAUGUUUCUAUAUGGGCAAAUGAGAGAAGGAAAUGGGAGAGAACAGGAGGGAGAGAGAAAAUUAAAAAACAAAUAAAUACAUAAAUAUUAAAGAGAGUAUUAAUGAGAAUAAUAGAAUAAAUUAUUAGAAUCCCCUGUGUGGGAAAUAUUCCCAACAAGGGUGGUCAGUGUGAGUGGUACCUACCCACUCUGGGCAUGGACACUAAAAAUGUGACAUUGAAUCAAGAAAUAAGGAAAUUCUCCUCAGAGAAAUUCCUCUUGGGUACUAAUCAGUUAACAGGCUAAUAAAGGUGAGUACAACAUAUAACGCUUAACAAUGAAAUGAAAGCCUAAUAAUAAAGGAUAGGGGUAAAAUUAUUUAAUUGGUAAACGUGAUGGCUUCAUUAUCAUUGCCUAAAAUGUAUUACCCAUAAAUGAUCCUAUCCAUAUAGUUAUAAAAAAUUGUCAAACAUAGAUAAGUACAUAGGUCUCAAGGAGUAGAUAUCCAAAUUACAUAUGGUCUAGUUAAAUCUUUAGAUAAUGGUCCUCCACGUUGCCUUUUCUUGCUGUUAGUGCGAAUGGGAAUUGCCAGCGGUACCUGAUUUGGUGUUCCUGUAAGGCAGCUGUGACGGGUCGGAGGGCUCGUCUCUUUUGUGAGGUGAGAUAGAUCGUUGUACAACUCCACAUUUUGGCCUCCCUCUCAUAAUGUCAUCCUUCAGUUGAAAAUCUUGUAUGUAGCAGAUAACAUCGCGUGGUGGGGCAGAUGGUAGGGGUUUCAGGCGGAGGGCACGGUGUGCUCGAUCUAUAUAGAGGCGUGCAUCAGGAGGCCUACUCAGGAUGAGGUUGAACAGUGGGAUCAACGUUUCUUGCAAAUUUUCUGGGCCUUGCAAUUCGAGCAGCCCUGCGCUCUAAUGUUGUGCCUAAGGCUACUGUUAUCUAGAUCUUCAAUAUGGAGCCGCAGGUCAGUGAGCUGCCUGACAAAAGCCGAAGUCCAUGGUUCGUAGUGCUGGACACGCGGCUUCCGGGCCCAUGGUUUCCAGCGCUUUUACCCUCCCCUCUAAGUCUGUCAGUGAGGUGCGGAGUGUAGCAAUCUCCGCCUGGAGAGUGGAUUUUACCUCCUCCAGGAUCGUCUGUAGAUCUCCCUUCUUAGGGAGUGAGGCAAAGCACGAGUACCAGUCAGGGGUCUGCCUGUCUUGUGUGUGGGUAUCCGUCAGCUGGCCGUCUUCUGACAUGGAGGAGCCCGUGUUGCGAUUCAAGGAUCCCCGGGAUUUGCAGGCAACUGCGGACGGAUGCAGAUGGAGCCUCUUCUUGUGGUGUUGAGGGGGUCAUUUGUAUUCACUUUGUUCGACCGAUGGGGUCUUGGUAGGUGCAGAAUGAGGCUAAUUAAGGCAGUAGGGCACGGAGCUAUUGAUUCAGGUGGCCAUUCCUGUCCAGCGCCAAGUCACGCCCCCAAAAGUGCUAAUUUUGACUCAAAUCAUUUUUGUUAAAUGAAAAAAGAGGACACGCUUCACUCAUAAAGCAUUUCAGAAAGAGAAAGUGCUUUAGGAGUCCAGUGUAUCCAUUUAGACAUUGAGCAGAUUUACCAAAGUAUGGCACACAUACAUUAUUAAUGGAGUUAUUUACUUAUGUGUGAUUUGUUGGACAUUCAGAGUAAAUUUCACUUUUACGUUCAAUAUACUGUAGGAAAAUUGGAAAAAAAGAUUGUUUUCAAUUUGGCUAUUCCAUUUGAAUUCAUGUUGGGGUUUAUUUACCCAAAUUCACUGUAAUUUAUAUAAUUUUAUAGUUCAAAUGGCAAUGUCUAGAGUCUAGACAAAACUGGUUGUGACUUUAGCUAUGUUAGAAAAUAUCUACAAAACUACUAUUUUUGCCUACAAUUUACAAUUCAGAUUUCAAUCUGCUUCAAUUCAGAGUUUAGUUAAUAGGAACCUAUGAUUUUCUCGAAUUCACAUUUUAGUAAAUAACCUUGUACCUUUAAAUAUAAUAGGGCUACUCCAAGCAUCAAAAAUGUAAGAAUGCAAGGUCAUACAGGUUGCUUUGCAUGAUACCAGAUGCAUGUUUCUUGAAUGAUAUGUAAAAAACUUUUUUUUUAACUAAAUUUCCAUUUAGUCAGUGCAGGGUAAAAUACUCAAAGCUGCAUAUUACUUGUAGCUGCUGGGGGUCAAGAAGCAGGCAGGGGCUGUGAAAGCUCAGAGGGCAAAAUUCCUGCCCGCAUUGUUAAAAAGAGUUCAAAGUUAGCUUUACAGACAGCCUAAGUACAGCUCCUUAGGACUCCCUCGCUCCACCAAACACAUGGGAGCUAACAGACUGUAAGACUAGCAGUACAGAAGAAAGGGACAUAUAUGAGUAGGACAAAGAGCAUUGAUAUGGAAAGGGCAUGUAGAAAGGUAGCGUAGAUGAGUCAAAGAAGGGACAUAUGGAAGGUGGCCUAGGUGGGUAGAUAAAGGGGGCAUGGAUGAGGAUAGGUCAUAUAGAAAAUGAGAAGGAGCAUGGGUGUGGAGAGGUGACAUUGGAACGAGGGAUUGGUUCGUAUACUUCGUUCACUCACUACACAAAUACACCCUUUUAUUUAUCGACUCUCUGACACUUCACAUAUACAUCCUUUCAUUUACAGACACACCAAAACGUCACACUGUAUAAAUCUCAUAGAUUGUAAGUUUGUUUGAGCAUGGCCUUCUUCACCUCUCAAAUAUCAAAUUUCUAUAAUUGUAAAGUGCUGUGGAAUAUGUUGGUGCUAAAUAAAUGUAAAUAAUAAUAAUAAUUAUAGGUAUUAAACCAAAAUGCUGUUCAAGGUCAAGGUGGCGAGUAAAUUCUAGGCCUGGCUACUAGCUCAAUACUGUAUAAUAUCGGAUAUAUUGAUAGGUUCGCUGUAAUACAAUGAAGCAUAAUUAGAAGGCAUUUUGUUUUCACUUAUUUUUUUUGCAGAGACCACCUCGGCGAUAUAGCGAUGUAUCCGAUAGUGAAAUGAAAGAGACUGGAAAAUCCAAGGUUGAUGCAGAUGGAAUCUUGCUAGCAGCAGCCGUGGGUGCAAAUAGAGCUCAGUCGAAUCAAAGAGAGCGUGAAAAGGAACGUCUUAAACUGAGGGAGCGAGAGCGGAGGAGAGAGGCGGAAAAACAGAAAGAAAGGAAUAAAAAUGCAGAGAGGGAAAAGGAGAGAAAGAGACAGAGAGAUAGACAAAGACAGGCUGAGAAACAAAGGCAACGACAGGCUGACAAACACAGACAGAAACAGUCUGAAAAAAAGCGGAAAAAAAAGGUUAUGUAAGCAAUUACAGGAAAAUAAACAACCAAAGGAGUUUAUUCACUGAACGAAAAAAGUGAGGAAAACUAACAAGAGAAUUGCAUGUUUUAGGCCGUAAUAGUUGAGCGGUAAAUAGUUGGAGAAUCUUUUCAAUGUGCAGUUUCUGUGUUCAUUCUGCAUUUACCAGUUUACUGAAUAAACUCCAAAGGGUUAAUUGAGAUGUAGUGAGACAGAAAAGCUAAUUUGUAAACCACUGAUAAACACGUUAAACCCUAUGCUUCUACAUACAGCCUUUACACAUUGGUGUGUGGCGUACUUGAAAAUCUUUGUAUACAUAUCAUUCACAUCAGUAUGAAACGUUAGGAGUCCCGACACUCAGUCUAUGAACAAAUACAUCAAUAGUGGGAAAAUUGCCUACGUACUUAUCCAUUGUUAUCUAGAGCAUAUACAAUGUUCCAAAAAGUAUGCAGUCAUUGGACUUUGUUCAAAAGUAAACCACACAGCAACCAUCAAUCUCCUUUUCAAUGUAUUUUUAUAUUUCUUUGGCAUUCAUGUACAUGAUGUUUCUUACGAACAAGUAAACACAAUUUCAACGUUUUCAUAUAAUGUGUAUAUUUAGACGCACUAUAUAUGAACUCACAAACCGAGAGACAAUAAAGAGAUCAUUACAAAUUAUUGGGAAAAAAGCCAAAUUUCUAAAAAUCCACUUUGUUUUAAACGCAACUAUUUAGCCCUUACGUUUGCAAUUCUGUGUUAAAUGCCCUACAAGUCACAGCUUGAUGAUUACAUUUGUUAAUCUAUUACUAUUUGUAAAGUUUCAUAUACAAAUGUCUAGAUAAUAUUGUAUCCAAUUUUUGUUUGUGAAGGAAACUUAUAUUGAGCAAGCAACACAUAUAAAGUUUAUAGCUGUGAAUACUCUAGAAACAUUACUUUGCAGUGAUGUUGAGAGUGGAUUGUGAUUUGUCACAUGUGUGUUUGCGUGUUCUAAAAUAGAAUAGAACAAUGUCAACAAUGUGUAGUGUUAUAAUUAUCUAUCUCUUUGUGUAUAUGAUCAUGUCAUCUGACUUAUAAUAUACUGGACGGACUGAAUCACUGUUAUUACAGAUUGGCCAAGAAAAAGUUUCCAUUUGGUUCCUAAUACCAGUUGUGGUGAAUUGAAUAUUCAAUGGAGUGGUGUCACGAAAAUACAUUUAAUAGGUUAUUGCACAGUGGACAGAAGUAAUCUAAUAUAACAAUAUAGGACCAAUUGGGGAGUCACAUUUUCACACUAAUUAUGUAAAAAUAAUGUUAUAAAGCACUUUAAUGUAUCACAA